AGUAUUUUGAGGUUUCUCGGCCACCGUAGAGUGAAGUCAUACGGAAACAAAACACACGUCGUGGAAACCGGAAGUGACAGCUUCUUCACUUGCGACACUCGGGAAACAAAACUAAUCCGGCCUCGAUAGGAUUGUCUCUGUUGGAUGGGAUCAGUCAACCAUUGUUUGGAAUUACUACUAAAGGGUUGCAUUCUGUACAAAAAAAUGCAGCAAUCAGACAAUAUUUGCGAAGAUGACGCGAUGGUGGAUGUUCAUUUUAAUGCUUUACCCAAUGCUCUGGUUGCAUACAAAGUGCCAGCAGACUUAUUUAACGGUGGACAUCUGAAGGCUAGCUUUGAGGCUUUAUUCCAUUCUUUUGAUCCGGAAGUUCAGUUCCAGUACUUCAAAUCCUUCCGUCGGAUCAGAAUGAAUUUCAGCAACACUCUGGCUGCGGCCAAAGCAAGACUACAACUGCAUAAAACAGAUUUCCACGGCAAAGAAAUGCACCUUUAUUUUGCACAGUCUGUUCACAUUGGCAGUCCUCGACUUGAGCCGCCAAAGCCAGAUAAGCAAUUCCUGAUCUCGCCCCCCGCAUCGCCUCCAGUCGGCUGGGAGCAGUCUCAGGACUCCAUGCCUGUCAUCAACUACGACCUGUUGUGUGCAAUCUCAAAACUAGGACCAGGUGACAAGUACGAGCUCCACACAGCUACACCCACAACUCCCAGUGUCGUCGUCCACGUUUGCGAAGAGGACCUUUGCGACACCUCGUCUCAGGAUGACGGCGAUCCAAACAAGCGACAGCCUUCACGGCCCAAGAUCAUCCAGACGCGUCGGCCCGACUUUACAUCCACUGACAAGCACUGAACCUUACCUGGAUUACGGUUACAAAAUAUCCUUGCGAUGUAAUUGUUCCAGGGGGGCAGGAGAUGUGCUCUCUGAGGUUCAAAUGUUUGGGGGAUGAUGGAGCCUAUUUUUGGAGGCAACCAGAGAAUCCUGUAGGUUCAGUCUUCAGGUUAGUUACCUAAUGAUCCGUACCACUCUUCAUUUUGAGGGUCAGGGAUCAUUUUGGAAAAUAAUAUAUAGAUUAUGUUCAUGCAUGUUUAUUUUUGUUUUUUUUACUGGUUAUAUGUAUUAAUUAAAUAGUUAAGUUUGUGUGCUAUUAUAAUGUGUUCAUGAGAAGAGCUUGUAUAACAGACAAGAUCGUGCAGCAUCAUUCUUGCAUGUCUUGGGUGGGAAAAACAAAGUGUGACUGUUCAAUAAAACGCAAUAGAUACAUGCAUGUCAUAUUUCCAUAGUUGCUAUUUCAGAGGCUGUGUGUGUGUGUGUGUGUGUGUGAUCAUACGUCGUUACACUGUAACCGUGUGUUGUGGUGUACAGUAUGUAUUGUCCCCAUGUGUGCUGCUUUACACUGUAUACUGCACCAAAAUGGGGACCUAAUAUUAAGUGUUGUGAAUUCUAAAUGUUAAAAGACAUGGAAAUAUGAUUCUGUCAUUUCCUAGUCAUCGAAAAAGGAAGAAGCUGUGUAUUCAGAUUCAUUCAUUUUAAGAAUUGAACAUUUUUCAAAUAACGCAUAUCAUAUUACCACAUUAUAUAUAGUUAAAAAAAAUGUCCAUUAUAUAUUAUUCUGAUGUAGGAACUACUGCAAGAUGCUGUUGCUGAGCCAAGAUGCCAUUAAAAGAAGGGAACUGAAUAAUAUCAUGUGUGUAAAUACAUUGCAUCUCAAUGGACUUCAGGUCAGGACUUUGAGGUGGACUUGUGGGUGUGUUUUGGAUCAUUGUCCUGCUGUAGACCCCGGGUUUGUUUCAGUUUGAGGUCACCAACACAUGGCUGGACAUUUGCCUUAAGGAUUGUUUUGGUAUAGCAAGUCUUCCAGGUCCUGAAGCAGCAAAACAGCCCCAAACCAUCACACUACCACCACCAUAUUUUACUGUUCUUUGGGAUCUCUUUCUGUUUCUUGGCAAAAUUGAGACACGUU